UGUCAGAUCGGCAACUUUUCCAUCCACAUCGCUCUGCGGAACCUCCGUCCACCAGGCUCUAAGACCAGGAAGAUUCCCUAUCCCACCAAGAACCCCUUCACCUGGAUCUUCGUGCUGGUCUCCUGCCCCAACUACACCUACGAGCUGGGCUCCUGGCUGGGCUUCACACUGAUGACCCAGUGCCUGCCGGUGGCCUUCUUCACCUUGGUGGGUUUCAUCCAGAUGACUGUGUGGGCCAAAGGGAAGCACCGCAGCUACCUGAAGGAGUUCCGCGAUUACCCUCCCCUCCGCUCCCCCAUCCUGCCCUUCAUCCUGUAGAGUUCAACACUUCAGCUCUCCGCUAACUGAGAGGGGGCUCUCCGUUUUACACUGGAGCUUAGGAGACUGACUAGCUUCAAUAAUGUCCCCUUUUUCUUUCCCCCUCUUUUGCUUCCUGUAAUAUUGAGUGAAAAUGUAAAGCACCAACGCUUUCUCUAUUUUUUUCUUUUCCCCAUAACCCAUUCUGAUUGAUUAAUUGACUUAUGUGUGUUUGGUCUCCAAGAGCUGUUCUUGACCUUCAAACGAGCCAGUGUAUCCUGAAUGACAUACUGUCGAUAAAUAGUGUCUUACCACGCUGUCAUCUAAUUCUGUGGUUUUGAGGCUGAAUCUGCAUCCGGUGAGAUUCAGUCAAAUGUCAAAAGGCUUAGUUUUUAUAUCCAUUCAUCUACAUUUGAAAUCAUAACAGCAUGUCAUUUUGUUGAUGUUUGAAGUAAUUUAUAAAAAAAAUGUAAAACUAA